CCGCCCCGAGCUGUCGGGGCGUCCUCCACAGGGGCACUGCCCGGAGGGACCGUCUUGCCCUUCAUGGCGUCCUCUGGAAAGGGAAUCUCGGUUUUGACCUUUACAAACACCUCGUUCCUCUUCUCUCUCUGAUCGCCAUGGCCCCGACUCUCUCUGGGACCUUUCCAGAGGGGCUCUUCCCUCCGCUGGGUCUCCUUCCUUCUCGCGGUCGCCUCACUCUUCCUCCCCGCGCCCCGGGAGAGUCCACUUGUAUCUUAGGGGGCUUCCGCGGAGUCCGCGGCGCUCGCACGGCGCCAGCGCUGGCCGCUAGGGGGCGCCGUCGGGGGCGGCGCGGUGCCGCCGCAGCCGCUCCUCUCCCGGCCGGGCCUCGCCCGCUCCGCUCGCGCCGCCGGAAGUGGGAGGUGCCGCGCGCGGGCCGGCGCUCGACCCCUCCCCCCGAGGCUCGGCCGCCCCCUCCCCCCGCUCCGCCCGCUCAGGUACAGAGCAUGAUGGCGGCGGCGUCUGAGGUAGCUGGUGUGGUGUCCAAUGCCCCCAAUCCUCCAGAAUCCUCUUCUAGUUUAUGUGCUUCCAAAUCAGACGAAGGUCUCCCAGACGGUCUAAGCCCCAAAGACCCUGCACAGAAGCACAAGAACUCACCUCUGUCGAGUGUAAGUAGCCAAACGAUAACCAAGGAGAAUAACAGAAAUGUCCAUUUGGAACACCCAGAGCAGAAUCCUGGUUCAUCAGCAGGUGACACUUCAGCAGCGCACCGGGCGGUUUUAGGAGAAAACUUGCUAGCCACAGCCCUUUGUCUUUCUGGCGGUGGGUCUCAGUCUGAUUUGAAGGACGUGGCCAACACAGCAGGAGAGGAGGGGGACACGUGCCUCCGGGAGAGCCUCCAUCCUGUCACUCGGUCUCUUAAGGCAGGGUGCCAUACAAAGCAGCUUGCCUCCGGGAGUUGUUCUGAAGACAGAUCCCCACAAGCCUCCAUCCUAAAGGAAGGUAGCAGGGACACAGGCUUGGAUUUCCGACCUGUAGUGCCUCCAGCAAAUGGGGUUGAAGGAGUCAGAGUGGAUCAGGAUGAUGAUCAGGAUAGCGCUUCCCUGAAGCUUUCUCAAAACAUUGCUGUACAGACUGACUUUAAGACGGCCGAUUCAGAGGUAAACACAGAUCAAGAUAUUGAAAAGAAUCUGGACAAAAUGAUGACGGAGAGAACCCUGUUGAAGGAACGUUACCAGGAGGUCCUGGACAAGCAGAGGCAAGUGGAGAAUCAGCUCCAAGUGCAGUUAAAACAACUUCAGCAAAGGAGGGAAGAAGAAAUGAAGAAUCACCAGGAGAUAUUGAAGGCUAUCCAGGAUGUAACAAUAAAGCGAGAAGAAACAAAAAAGAAGAUAGAGAAAGAAAAGAAGGAGUUUUUGCAGAAGGAGCAGGAUCUGAAAGCUGAAAUUGAGAAGCUUUGUGAGAAGGGCAGAAGAGAAGUGUGGGAAAUGGAACUAGAUAGACUCAAGAAUCAGGAUGGCGAAAUAAAUCGGAACAUUAUGGAAGAGACAGAACGGGCCUGGAAAGCAGAGAUCUUAUCACUAGAGAGUCGGAAAGAGUUGCUGGUAUUGAAACUAGAAGAAGCAGAAAAAGAAGCAGAACUGCACCUCACUUACCUCAAGUCAACCCCCCCAACACUAGAGACCGUUCGUUCCAAACAGGAGUGGGAGACAAGGCUGAAUGGAGUUCGCAUGAUGAAAAAGAAUGUUCGGGACCAGUUUAAUAGUCAUAUCCAGUUGGUGAGGAACGGAGCCAAGCUGAGCAGCCUUCCUCAAAUCCCGACUCCCACUUUGCCCCCACCCCCAUCAGAGACAGACUUUAUGCUUCAGGUGUUUCAACCCAAUCCUUCUCUGGCUCCUCGGAUGCCCUUCUCCAUUGGGCAGGUCACAGUGCCCAUGGUUAUGCCCAGCGCAGAUCCCCGCUCCUUGUCUUUCCCAAUCCUAAACCCUGCCCUCUCCCAGCCCAGCCAGCCUUCCCCGCCCCUUCCUGGCUCCCAUGGGAGAAAUAGCCCUGGCUUGGGUUCCCUCGUUGGCCCCCACGGUCCACACAUGCCCCCUGCUGCCUCCAUCCCACCUCCCCCAGGCUUGGGCGGUGUUAAGGCUUCUACUGAAACUCCCCGGCCCCAACCAGUAGACAAACUGGAGAAGAUCCUAGAGAAGCUACUGACUCGCUUCCCACAAUGCAAUAAGGCCCAGAUGACCAACAUCCUUCAGCAAAUCAAGACAGCACGGACCACCAUGGCAGGCCUGACCAUGGAGGAACUGAUCCAGUUGGUAGCUGCACGACUGGCAGAACACGAGCGGGUGGCAGCCAGUACUCAGCCACUCGGUCGGAUCCGGGCCUUGUUCCCUGCUCCAUUGACCCAAAUCAGUACCCCAAUGUUCUUGCCUUCUGCCCAAGUUUCGUAUCCUGGAAGGUCUUCACAUGCUCCAGCCGCCUGUAAGCUGUGUCUCAUGUGCCAGAAACUUGUCCAGCCCAAUGAGCUGCAUCCCAUGGCGUGUUCCCACGUGCUGCACAAGGAGUGUAUCAAAUUCUGGGCCCAGACCAACACAAAUGACACUUGUCCCUUUUGUCCAACUCUUAAAUGACGGACCUGACUGGGGAGGAAGAAGAGGAGAAACUGAUGUGAACAGGAAGCGCGGGUUCAAGAUUUCUAAAACUCUAUAUUUAUACAGUGACCUAUACUCAUGCCAUGUACAUUUUUAUUAUAUAGGUAAUGUGUGUAUAGAAAGUCUGUAUUCAAAUGUUCGUAAAUGAAAGUAUGUAUAUUAUGCAGAAAUGGUUGCCCCCCCCCCACCUUGCAAUUCCUUUGGGGGAUGCAGAUUGUAGGUAAGGUGAUGUUUAGUUUGCCCUUGAAAUUAUGAUAUUCUUGCCUAGGGCUGUUUUCAAGUACAUUAUAAAAACCAUCUAGGAAGCUGCUGUUGCUCUAAGGCCAUCCUGCUUUGAUUUGGCUCAGCCUCUAGUUAAUUUUCUUAAGGCUCAUGUAUGCAGAUUUGAACCCUGGUGCUCACCCGCUGUCCGACCAGAUGCCUUGCUUACUGAAAGCCUCCGGAAGCCUCAGUGUUGUUCUAGCCACUCUACUCCAAAUGGAUAAAAUGAGACUGAUUGAGGGAAAAAAAAUGUAACCCUAAUAGUUUGAAUUUUCAUUGACUAUUUUACUGUGUUAACGCUCAUUAUUUGCACAUAGACAUUAGGUUUACAGAAUAUUCUGUUUUACAUCAGCAAAAUUCACAGUCCAAGAAUAACAACAUAAGUGGGUCCCAUUUCACCCCUGCCCCCCGUGAACUUCUGUCCAUCUGACUUCCUGGAUAGUCAUCUCUUUAGAAACUAGCACAGCCCACAGGUCUUUCCUGGGCCAAGCCAUCCCUUGCUGCCACUGCCUUGGCUUCUGAUCAAGCUGACAGAGCAACCUUGUGAAGCCCUCAACUCUUCCCCUUCACUUCUGGUCUCUAGUCAGCCAGCCCCCCUCCCCUCUGAAGGUUAAGGCAGUUGGUUCACAACCAAGUUGUUUGGUGACCUUGGGUGAGCUCCAGGCAGGCACUGGGGUGAGGAGAUGUCUGUGCAAAAUUGCUUGCAGAAUGAUCUUGGGAUGCUGGAUUUUAAUUUCUGAAGCAAGAGAAUUACGGGGGACAUGUUUCCUGUCCUGGGAAAAAUGGAGGCCAGAGUGAUAUGAAAGGAGGUUGGAUUUCAAGUUUAGAAGUCAUUUUUCUAUAGAUAGCUAUCUAGAACUAGAUCAUUUUUCCACCUUUGCUUAUUGAGCACGUCUGGUUUUUAGGUUUAUAUGCCUGUGAAAGCUGUGAAUCUAUUAGAGCUUUGAAUCUUUUCCUAUCCUUUUAUCUUUACUCCUAUAGGAAAUGGCUUCAGCUUCCUUCUCUUUUGGAACUGAACGAGAAAACACUAAGUGUUAACUAAAAGAAAUUAACUCCAGGGGAAGGACAUCAUUAUAUUAUCAACAGCUAAAUUUUUCCCAUUCUGGGACCUGGACAUGCUUACUGGCACUAGUAACACCAUCAAGGUAGCAAAGACUUUUCCUUUCAGCUCCAGUUAAAUUCUCUCCCCUCUGUUUUGUUCUUUUCCUUCUUUGUCCUUCGUUCCUGCCUAGCAGUUUCUUGGCCGUAGACCUUCUCUUCUCUUGCCUUACUUGCUCAGGCUUGUUGACUGUCAUCAUUUUAAGGAGCUGGACUUCCCAGGACCUCCUGGCAUCUUGUAGGGUGAUUGAAAUGGCCCAAGUACUCCCCUCUGUAGAGGUCAGGUGACCCACUUUCUUUGGUUAAUGAAACGUUCAUGUCUGCAGGUUGGUAGCUUUCACCAACAGAAGUGUGGCAAAAUGGAAGACCAGUUCCUUUGUUAUUUUCAUUUGGGCGAUUCAUUUUUUAUCUUGUAAUCAAAAAUUUUCUCUCUCAUCAACGAUGCAGUGCCCUUUAGUCCACCAGCAAUAUUUUUCAGUAUCCCCUAAAAAUCUAGAAAUUAGAAAUGGGUAUAAAAGCUAUUCUCUUUUCCACAAAUCUUUGAAGCCAAAGGAAUAUAGCGAGAAGAAAGGAGGAAGUGGUGGGGGCAGGGGUGGGGGGCUUACCUGCUUCCUAGUAAAAGCCCCUUGAAAGCCAACUAUAGCAGGAUGACAAAUGUUUUGGGGAGCUGUGUGUGGGAGUUGGGGCCUCAUUGUUGCUCUUUUCUCUGUCUUGUUCAGAAUCAGUCAGAAAGCAACAUUUAAGUUUUGGUCAUCCUCGUUCUCUCUUUUCCCUCUGCCCACUGGCCUGCAGGGAUAGAGGCCAUGCAGACCAACGGGAAAGGCCUCGAAUACAGUGAGUAGAGAUGGGACAGUCGCUUUUCAGGAGUUGACUUUAAAAAUAGAGCUAUAUAAUACAUAUUUUUUACAAGCAAGAAGCUGUUGUCAAGAUUUUUUUUUCCCCACAUUUAGAGUUAAUAGUUUCAGGGUAGAAAGGAAGUAGCUAUAAAAAGAAAAGUAAGUACAAGUUAAAAAAAAUAGGACAUUGGGACCUCGUAAUGAAGGGGUUGAGUUUUAUGCCCUGGAAAGAGCUGGGAAAAGGCCAGUUUUCCCCAACAUGGGAAGAAAUUACAAAACAGAAUGUGGCAUUUUCAUUACACGGUAGCAGUUCUGGAAGUUUAUUUACACAGUAAGUUCCGAGCUGGAAACGGACAGUCUCCAGUCUUCCUGACCGUCUUUGUGGUGAGGGGGUGUUCCCAGUCAGCCAAAGCAGCACCAAGUGCAAGGGGAAUGAAGAGGACCCAGAUAAAGAACUGUGAUUCAGUACUCUUGUUUUAUUGGUUUAUGGCUUGUGGGCAGCUGGCCGAGGCCAGGAUCUCCAGAGGCCCUCCUUGUGUUUCCCUUUCCCUCAUCAGGUAAUUCCACACUCGGCGGGUCCCACACCUGGAAGCAGUGUGUCGACAAGACAGCAAUAGGACCCAGUGGGUGAACCAGGGGAAUUCAGGUCUUCCCAUUAACACUGGUAUCCUAGUCGACUGUGUUAGAACUGAUAGGGAGGAAAUGAACUCGGUCCCCACUACCUAGCCCAAGAACCAGCCUGGGUCCCCAAGUGCUAUUACUAGGAGUGGGGUCGUAGAGAGGAGGAUAGGGGCGGAGGAUGGCCUCCGGGAGCGGCUCGGGGGGUGAAGGAAGUGAGGAAGCCUUGAGGCUGCCAGCCUUUCCCCAGCAGCCUUGUUACUGAAGGCAGUAAUGCUAGAGCCAGACAGCCCUGUGUUUGUGACACCAGGUAUAUAAUGCUAGUGCCACUGUCGGCCGCCUCAGCCAGGUUCACGGAGGGGACACCAGAGAGGGAGACAAGGCAACGAAACUGCUCUGUAUCACGUGGAGCUCUUACUACUACUUUACAGCUGAACGGAAGAAGUCCAGGCGGAGGCGUAGGGCGUCCACCCUGUACCUGUUGAAUGAAUCUCGAGGGUUCUGCUUUCAAGGGUGAAGAGGGGUCUCCUGCCCAUCCCUCUCGGCACCUCAGUUGCAGAGCUCCAGAGGGGUAGGGGUCUGGGGAGGGAGCGAACAUGGAGGGGGAAGACGAAGCCCGGCCCUGCUAUGUUUGCUGUGUUCCAAUUGCUGUCUUGUAGGGCACCUGGGGCUGAGGGGGGCUGGGAAAGGUGAGUGGUACCCGUCGCAUGUGGAGUAGAGGGUUCAGGUAGAGACGAGUGGAAUGAAUAAGGUAGAAAUUCAUUUGUUAGAUGGGACUUCUCAGUGGGCACUUUCCAUUUCAGAGCGUUAAAAAGAGCUUUUCGGCUAGGUGAGCCCUUCUUCCCAACUCGCUUCUGGUCAGGCUACAACCACAGAAAAGAAAACGUUGGGUAGCAACACCCAUCUUGCAAGAUGGCCUUCUGUCUUGGAGAUGCAGUCUGAAGCUGGGACUGGCGAGCGGCCGUGGUUCUGCCUUUUCUAGCUCUGAUCCCAGCUGUUCCCUGUCUUUUGCGCUCCCCUCGUCUCCUCUUCCACCCGCCCCCGUUUGUACAAAUACUCAGUCUAAUUACAUUUUUGUUUAAUUCAAGAGGCAAUCUUUGUACCAAUGUGAGGCUCGUUUAUACAGUCCCUAUCACUAAAGCAAAUAGCAGACUGUGCAUCCGUUCCUACUGACUUUGGCCAGCAGGGAAGCAAGAGUGGCCCUUUCUCUGCCAGGGCACCGCAGACAGACACACACUGGGGCGACUCGGCUGUGAUGCCACUACUUCUGGAACUAAGAAAAGAAGAAUACUUUGGGUUGGAGAAUCCAGAGGAAUGGUGGGCAGAGGUUCAAGGCUGAAGUGUCAAGCAGCAGAAUUUCCCAACUCGGGCUCGAGGUGACCGAGAAUAAUCCCACCACCAGAGUACCGCUUUCUUCCCUCUCCUGUUUCCUGCAGGUGCAAUCCCUGUCACCCACCUUGCCAGCUUUCCCUCCUCUGUCGAGGCAGAGGCAUUUGGUGGGCAGGGGAGGGUCUUGAGGUGUUCUGGCCACCGGUGCCAUCUGCGUCUCCUGCUUGUGACCAAAGUGAACCACCAGAUGUGGUCCAGGGGAAUCUCUUGUCUUCCGCCCGUGGGCCUCCUCACUUCAACAGGGAGAUGUCGUCCGCAAAGUCAUCAUGUUGAUGGCGCAGGCAGCGGAGGCAGCGCCACUGGCACACCAUGAGGCACAGUGGCAGCAUGAAGAGGGCGCAGAUGGCAGCCAUGACGUAGGCUAUGGUCAUGAGGGUUGAUUCAUCUGUCUGUGGGAUGUUGUAGCCACAGUCUUCCAUGUCUGGGGUGACGAAAGGGCCUUCCACUGCUGCUGUCCUGAACUCAUCAUGCACUGGAGAAAGGGCACACGUCAGUGGGCGGCUCUCGUCGUCACAGAGCAGUUUAGCUUACACAACAAAAAGAACUUCCCGAUAGGCCUUGAAAUUAGCCCCCAAGAAGGCUCUAGCAUCUCCUUGCCUGGAGGUAUUUAGGGGCAAGACCGAAAGCCCUUGCUAGGGAGAGGCACACCUCUCCUCCCCCCAGGCCAGUGGGAGCAACAGCCCUUUCCUGUAUAAGCAUGCGGUAGGAACGGCACCUAAAAGUCAGUCUUGUGAGUUGACCAAAAGGCCAGCCCCACGUAUACCUGGUAGACUCACCUCUUCGGCCGAUACCCACUUGAAAGACCUGGCCACCGAUCCUCAAGUGGCCGGCGUUCAAGCUCAUCAUGUAGCAGCUGACCAGGUCACUGUAGGCUCAGCCUGCUGCCCUUGGAGCGAGAGCUUCCCAAGGGCCCGAGGCAGCCCUUGCUGUUGCGGUCUGCAGCAGAGGCCACCGACCCAUGCAGGCCUCACCGUGCCGGGCGGCACAGAAAAAGCACAAGCACGCUAGCUUUUGCCCAACGUGUUGGCUCUGCCUUGAGGCAACUGUUACUACCUCCCAGGCUGACAGGGGCCCAGGUAUCCUAACUGCUGGACAGCGAGAACACGGACAGACUGACCCCACCCUCCUGCCUGGCUCUUACCGUGACAAGCACUGACAGCAAAGCCAAUUCGUUUCCGGGCCCGAUCAAAGACCACGUAGAAGCCCUCCAUGAUCACAGCUCCCAUAACCGUGCCCGUGGAGGACUGUGAGAUGGCGAACUUGUAGCAGUCAUCUUGGGACGUGGCCACGUCUUCCACUGGCCGCAGGUAUUGCUGGGGACAAGCAAGCAAGGAGGGAGAGGCUGUCUUCCUCACUCCAGCCCUCUCCCAGCCUCUGCCUUCCAGGUAUCUGUGCCCUCAGGCUGCUCCUCCCUCUGCCAUCCCUGAGCUCUGCGUGCUCCGUUUCUGCAAGAGCCCUCUUCCAUGGGACGCUCCUCUCUACUUGUUCUUCCACUUGCGAGAGGCCAUGCCUGGUCCCUGUCUCCCCGGCUGUACCGUGACCACUUCCUGGGCUGGGGGACAUACCUGUGGAAGGAUGGUGAUGCGGAAGGACUGAUUGGUGACCUCACCCAUUAGGUAGAGGGAGAUGACUGGGAAAAUGUUCCAAGGGGUGGUGCCUGCUUGCCAGCACACCAGCUGCUCCCCCAGCCAAAACCCGUCCGGAAACUUCUCCGUCUAUGUGGGCGAGAAAGGGAUAGUGAUGGGGAAACUGCCUUCUUCCAGCACCUUGCUUCUCCCGCUUUCACGUGACACUUCCCGGGCCCUAGAUUUGCUUUUCUGUGGAAUACCCGAGCUGGGGGAAGGCACGCUGAAACCCAAGAAUCAGGGGAAGACGGAGGGAGGGCGAAGCCAACGCUUUGCACCAGGGGGACCGUGUGAUGAGCCAACCGAGACCCAGGAAAGAGACUCGCUUUGAAGGCAUUUAAGUACAAGGAUCUAAAGGUAGACGACUUGGCUCUUGUUGAGACCUGUGACCUCCACGGACUUCCUCUGACACCACGUCAUCUCUCGUACCCCUGCCCUUAGUCCCACUGACCGAGGAUGCUGCCUUGAUGGAUUUAACGGCGGCUUCAAACACCUUCUUGGGCAAACGAAGGUUGGUGGUGCCACUGUCCACGAUGCUCUUGUCGUAGUUGUACUAGGACGGGGGGAGAGGGUUGGAAGAGUCAAAAGCCUUUCUUGUUGCCAGGCCCUGGACAGAAUCGGAAGGGUGAACCUGACUGCUGGGGGGACAGCCUGGCUUCGUACUUCUUAGGAGUAGAUCCGUAGGCGAGUUGUUUAGCCUCUGUGCCUCAGUUUCCUCAUCUUUAAAAUGAGGAUAAUAAUAGUACCUACCUCAAGGAGUUAUUUUAAGGAUUAAAUUAAUACAUUUGAAGCGCUUAGAAUUGUGCCCGGCACAUAGGAAGCAUCCAGUAAAUACUAACUCUUGUUAUCUUGGGUGGGGCAGACGUUCUCCAGAUCUUGAAAAUAAAAAUACCUUGUAUAGUGCUUUUAACUUUUCGUAGUCCUUUUAUAUCUGUUCUAAUGUAACAUCACUAAGGAUCUAGAUAAGGAAGACCCAAAUGGUUUAGCUGCUAUUUACUGAGUACUGCUAUGUGCCAGGCCCUGGGAGAAACAAUUCAUCCAUUUUUCUCUGUCUUCACCAGUCUUUGCAAAGCUGUUUUUCCCUCUGUUUUGCAGAUGAGGGGACUGAAACGCAAAAUAGUAACUUGCCUGAGGGCACAUGGCUCGUAAAAGGCAAAGCUAGAAACCCAGGUUUUUCCAACUCCAAAGCUGGACUCUUCCACUUACAUCAUAGGAAGCUGCCUCACCAACAACUUGCCCAAGGCCAUCAAGCAAGGCAGUGACUAGAGUCCAGACAUGCUCUUUCCCUUCUUAGACCAUAAUCCACAUGGUCCCUGUGAAAGUGCCCUGCCAGUCCCUAGCCCCAAACUUCAGGUCCUGUCGUGUUACCGUUAAGCUCGCGACGGUUCUAGGCUCAGCCCCCAACCCUUUCUGCAGGUCCCCUGUACCCCUGCUCCGUCCUCCCAACCUCAUAACUCAGGGUCUGACCUCAUGCUAUGUUGCCUCCCCCUCACCUCUCCCUGGUCCCCCUGGUGUCGUUACCUCCUUGCAGUCCAUCUUCAGAUCCUGCCCGUUGAUCUCCACCCGCACGAUGAUCACCUCGUAGUACCACUCCCGCCGGAUGGGUGUGUACCAGAGGCUGCCCGUGUACAGUGAGUGGUCGAUACCCCCAAUGAUCUAGGGAGACAAGGAGGCAGGUACUCGUGUCCCGGCACAGAGGGACAGGGAGUUACCCAGAGACAAAGCAACGGGAGCAGAGAUUCCCUGGGCGGGGGUGGGGGGGGGGUGGGGGUGGGGGUGGCAAGGCCCUUUACAGGCCACCUUUCUCACCUUCCUGCUUCUCAUCAAUUCAUGUCCCAAAGUGAUUUGUAGUUUCUUAAAUGUGUUAAGAAUGUGUCAGGGGAAGACGUUACAGGACUUUAAAUUAUUUGUUUCAGAAUCUCGCAGCCCUCAAUAUAAAGUUAUUUAAACCUCAGCUGGCACAAUAAAUGGUAAAUGAAUGAUUA